AGAUGUGGUAGUACAGAAAAGAAAGGGGGAAAUAACAGGCUUAGCAGCAAAAAGUAGCACCUCCCCUAAGCUUAUCCCAGCGGCAGACACCACCCUCUUCCAGUAGUUUCAGCCCACUGACUGUGACAGUAACACCAAUGGGGGAGGUCUUAGAGGAAAAGAAACCAGAGGAACCCAAGGCGGAGGAAAAAAAGCCAGAAGAACCAGAAAAAAAACAAGAGGAGAAGAAGAAGGAAGAAACAGCGGGAGAGAAAAAACCAGAAGUGGUGGAGAAGGAACAAGUGACUCCUCCACCGCCACCGCCACCGCCACCGGCCGAGAUUGUGCUCAAAGUGUUCAUGCAUUGCGAGGGUUGCGCUCGCAAGGUUCGUCGCUCCCUCAAAGGAUUCCCAGGUGUCGAAGAAGUGCUCACCGACUGCAAAUCUCACAACGUGGUUAUCAAGGGAGAGAAAGCGGAUCCUCUAAAGGUUUUGGAGAGAAUACAGAGGAAGAGUCACAGAAAGGUGGAGCUUCUCUCUCCGAUCCCGAAACCUCCAGAGGAGAAGAAGGUCCCGGAAGAAGAAAAACCAAAGCCCAAGGUCCAAGAGAAAGUACAAGAGCCACCGAUUGUGACGCUUCUGAAAAUUCACAUGCAUUGCGAGGCUUGCUCACUGGAAAUCAAGAAACGCAUACAGAGAAUGAAGGGAGUGGAAUCAGCUGAUCCCGAUCUGAAGAACUCAGUGGUGAGUGUGAAGGGCGUGUACGAUCCAGAGAAGUUGGUUGAGUACGUGUACAAGAGAACUGGGAAGCACGCAGUGAUCGUGAAGCUGGAGGCAGAAAAGAAAGAGGAGAAGAAAGAGGAGAAGGUGGAGGAGGUGGAGAAAAAGGUGGAGGAGGUUGAAAAAGAGAAGACUGGUGAAGGAGAAGAAAACAAGGAAAAGAAAGAGGAAGAAGAAGAAGAAGCAAAGGGUGAGACCAAGGCAGAGGAAGCAGACAACGUUGUUCCAGAGGUGAAGAUUAAUGAAUACUUCCAUAACCCACCAAGCUAUGGCAUGGAGGUGUAUGCAUAUCCUGCACACCCUGUAUACCCUGCAUACCCUGCGUAUUUCCAUGCCUACCCUCCCCAGAUAUUCAGCGAUGAGAACCCAAAUGCCUGCACUGUCAUGUAAAAACCCAAUGGGUCAAGGGUGAAAUCGGAAAAUUGUCAAGUAUGGGUGGGUGAUAAUAUAGAUUAUACCCUUUCCUGUCUUACUUAUGCGCUGUUGUACUAUUCCUGCUGAAAGUACACUGUAUGCAUAAACUAUAGAAUUUUCAAUUUUGUAAGACUUUUUUGCUUUA